AUGGACAGUAAUACUGACUCAGACCAAGAGUUCGUCGAAGAUGAACACAGGUCUAUUAGGCUAAACCCAGAUACCCUCUCUUCAGACCUCAGCUCGCCUAGCAAGGCCAGUUCCAAAAAUGGGAAAGUGGAUACUCCUAAAGAAAAUAGUGACAAGAAAGUAAUUUACCUUAAAGAAGCGAAUUCAUCCCAAUUUCUUAAAGUUCUGGAUGAGCCAAACCCUCUGAGCUUUAUUAACAAGAAGCCUAGAGGGUCCAUGAAAAAUGAGACUGUCAACAAACAGUCCAUGAUGGUUGACCGGAUGGAUUCUAUCAAGUCUAUGAAGCAGAAAAUGUACAUGGACCCUUUUAUGAGAACCAACCAGGCUCUUCUCAAACGUCUGGACAGUAUCUCCACCCUGUUUAAUAAGGAUGGAGGAGGUCCGAGCUCUAAGAAAGGUGCCCAGGAAAAUAACUUUUACUGCACCAAUUUCCCUAGUCGCGUGAGUCAAACUUCCAACAGAUUUGGUGUAAGAGAUACCCCUAUGUUCAGAGCUGAAGGCAUAUCUGAAAAUGAUGUCACAGAUUUUGACAAAAGAAUGUCUUCUACUAUUAGUGGAUGGGAUAACAACCGAGGUAGCUCUAUAAUCUCAGGGAAUCCUUCCCAGAAAAAGAUUUCAGAUACCCUCAAAGGAGUCAUGAAUAUCAAAGACCAAAUGAACAAGUCAGAAGUUUCAGUGAUCAGUGUUAAUGAGAUCCUUGAUUUUGAUGAUUAUGUUCCGUUCAAGCCUGAAAAUCAUCUUGAAAAGAUUGAUGAGGAGAAACAACAAAUUCUUGAUAAAGAUCAAGAAGAAAGAAAGUCGACCCUCAUGAAAUAAUCAACCAUACAGUUUUCAAGAGGCUCGGAUGAGCGAAGAAGAAUCAUAUACAAGUCGAAGUGAAUCAAUGAGUGAGACUAGCGAGUCUGAUAAUGAAAGUGAAUACGUAGAUCAUCUCAAAGUUGAGCCGAAUAUUAGACUAAAAAGAGCAUCAACUUUUAAUUCAGCACAAGUGCAUCAAAAGAUGCUAAAAUUUCAAACAAAAUUAUCAUCCCAGUACAACCGGCAAGGCACUAAUAAUUCAGAGUUGACAAUGGGUAAUUAUUCUCAAAAGGGAAGAAUCUUGACGUCCAUUGGUGCUAGCAAGGAUGGGAAUGAUCUAGACACCUUGAUCCAGCCAGGUGCACUCAAGUCCAAAUUAAAAUAAAAAGAUGAGCAUGAGUUUCUCUAAGGGGAGACUCAAGAGUAAAAAGACAUUUCAAUACAGGUCCUCCUCCUCUUCUAAAUCAAAGAUUAUGUCUAUUAGAAGCUAUAAUAGAAAGAAAUUUGUGAAGUUGAUACCACCAGCUCCAGCAAAGAAGGCGACUAACUACACCUUGUUCACCUCGAAGGCACUUCGAAAAGUAGGUACAACCACUACAAAGGACCUCAUAAUUGCCCUCAACCAGAUGGGGUUCGAAGAUGAAAAGGUUGAGAAGACAAUCUACUAUGGCGAAGUUAAGACCAUUGAAGAAGCUAUGUACUACCUCGUCCCUGACCAAGCUAAAGCAUGGGAGCACAAAUUUGUCCCAGAGGCAUACUGCAAAUCCCAAGAUUGGUGCCUCUUCUGCAAACGGCAACAAAAGAAAAUGAAGAAGACCAACAGCAAGAAUGGCAAUACUAGUGAGAAAUAGCCGCCAGAAUACACCUGAUAGCAAAAGCAGAGAUAUUGAAAAUUGUAGCUUGAAAUCUGCCGAACAGAAACAAGUGAUCCAUAUGAUGGACAAAAUCAUUGUCAAUAACCGCCAGUUUGUCCAGCGGAAGUUUAGAAAUAAGCUCUCUGAGACAAUCCAAACAGUUAGUCAUCCAGGAAUGAAUGCUUUCAGGAUUGGCCAGAGAUCUUUCAAAAAUUAUGGAGAAGAAACACCUAAUGCUCUGCUUGAAAACCAAGAGGUUACAGAAAUGAAUAUUCAAGAAGAAAUUGGGGAUAAAAACUCUAACCUUGGAUUUGAUAUUUCUCAGAAUGAUGAUAUAUCUGAGUCCCAUGAGUUCCAGAUUUCCAAAGAAGGGGCAAAGAAGUCUGAUAGUAACAAUAAGAAUCGAGAAAGUAGCCCUAAAAGUAUUGCUUCAGAGCCUAUGAAUAAGAGACUCUCUAUUUCGAUCAAAAAUGAAGAGGAUCAUCUGAUUAACAAUGAUUCUAAAUAAUGAAAAUAUUCCAGUAAAGAGACUUACAAAGAGUAAAACAGGGAUUAUCGAAAGGGAGUCGCCGAAACAUAGAUUCCCUUCGGCGACAUCCUCCUAUCGUUAUGGUGAUACUUACUUAAAAGCUGGUGAGCAUGAGGAGUUUUGUGGGAUCUGAAACCAAUCAUUCGAGAACCACUCCUCUGACUUCAACAUUGAGUUGAUGUAUCUUCAGAACAAAUAUGGAGAGAUGCUGAAUCAAGUAACUCAGCUUGAUACAGUUAGCAGGCCUUUCACUGCUAACUCAAUGUAUAGUGCUUUGUCUCGGAAACCUUCUAGAAGACAGAGCAAGCUUGAGAAAGUUAGUAUUCCAACAAUAACAGUGAUUCCAGAGAAAAAGACGAUCAAUUUCAGGGGGUCUCCUCAGGUCCAAGCAGGGUCUACAUGGAAUGUUCCCUCUGGAAUGAAAAGAUCCUUCCUUAGCUCAAAUGCAGACUCUGAUGUAUCUGCUAGAUUUGAAAUGAUCAGAAUUGAGCAUAGCAAGGCUAGAUCUAAUUGUCUAAAUUAUUUGUACUCACAUGGAAUCAUUGACAACUCUGAAGUUCAGAGAAGGCCAAGCCAGUUCCAUCAGAAUUGCCCAAUCUGACUAGAAUAUUGUAAAAAUUCUUUUGAACUUUCAGGGUGAGGACACCACUUCUGAAAGCUAUGUCUAAGAGGUCAUAUAGAGAUGAAGAUUAUAAACUCGCUUGUCCUUGAUAUUGACUGUCCAGUUCCUGACUGUAAAGAAACAAUUGAAAUGAAUGUGAUGAUCCAAGUCAGCACAAAAGAAACUAUAGAGAAAUACAAUGAGUACUCGAAUAAUCUAUCUUUCCAAGAAGAUAAGCACUUUAUCCACUGCAUGAACUGCUCAAAGUUGUUUUCUUACGACCCACAGGACUUCUUGGCACAUUGUCCCAGAUGUAGCUUAGAGAUCUGAAUCGAGUGCAUGGUACCAUAUCAUGUAGACGAAUCAUGCCAUGAUUUUGGAGAGCGGAGGUACAAGGAAUUCUCUAAAGGAAAGUCAAUCCAAUUAUGUCCUCACUGAAACCAAUUUAUUGAAAAAGCUAAGAAGUGUAACCACCUUACUUGUCAGCGGUGCAUGGCACAUUUCUGUAUUUUCUGAAGAAAAGAUGUACCUGAGAAGUUGAAACGAUCGAAGUUGUACAUGGAUGGCUACUGAUGAAAUACAAUCAAGAGUCCACUGCCAAAGAGUAUCAGUAUUCAAACAAGCAAAUGAAGGAUAUUCUGAUUGGCUAUUUUAUUUGUACUUCUCUCUCCAAUUUUUGUUAUGUGUAUCCUCCCUUAUGUGAGCUUUAAAAAUAUAUCAGCACCAAAUGAUGAAGCUCAAGAGAAACCUCAGAGAAAAAGAAGUAGGAUCUGACAUAAGCUGUUAGGAAUUCUAUGUUUCUUAUUGCUGAUUUGAAUCUUUCCAAUAACCUGGGUUUGUUUUAUUGUCUGGGUAUUUCUUGUAAUGAGAAAGUUAACAUCAAGAUCUCAAAAAUCUGGAUCAGCAAUAGCUCAAAAACCACGCUACCCACCUCAUCUUCCUCCUUCUGGGGGUGUAAAAUUGAUUCCAAGCUCUCAAAAUGUCUCCAAAUUCUCCAGAUCUCACUCCUAAAUCUAAUUUUAUUUAUUUUCCAUUUCAACCUA